CAUUAGGAUUCCUUGGUAAUCCACGUAUCGGUCGUCGUUUAAAAAGACGAAGGGCCGCCGUCGUUUUAAAAUCGUUCGAAGGAACCACAAAGGAACCUGAGCGCGAUGAAGACGGUCCUCGUCAUCUUGGCGCUUUUAGCUGGCGUUCUUGCGGCACCGCAGAAUCCAAACGAUAUCACGAUCGUGAAACAGGAAGAGGUGAAUAAUAUAGGAGUAGGUGGAUAUCGCUUCAGCUAUGAACAGAGCGACGGUCAGAAGAGAGAGGAAACGGCCGAAUUGAAGAAUGAAGGCACCGAUAACGAGGCACUUAGCGUUGUAGGAAGCUUCAGCUUCAUCGCGCCAGACGGACAUACAUACAAAGUCGAUUAUACCGCUGAUGAGACCGGAUUUCAUCCUUCUAUCAAUCUCGUCGCAAAGUAAGCGGACAUGAAAUUACACUCUAAUUAAGAUUCUUCGAUCAUCGACAUAUUCGUGUAAUUACAUACGAGUAUUAGGAUACUUUAUUACACGAGACACGCGACUCACCGAUGUACAUACAAACAGAUACAAAAGAAGCGUCAAGAAAAUAAUUGAUCAGAAAUGUGCGACCUAUUGCCGAUCUUCAUUCACGCGAAUUCUGCGAAAUUGAUCGCGAUACCUUGCAUUGUAAAAUACGUAUAAUACACAAUGUUGUUUAAAAUGUCGAUAACAAUCGUAUAAUUAUGUAGGACAGAAAAUUUGUUCUCUAGUAUAUAAAUGCUUCUUAUAAAUAAUUCAUCGAACAAAGAUAAUUCUGCAAAUAUAGUUUUAAUGUAAAAUUAUUUUAUACUCUCUAUUUCUUGUCAAUGCAUUCGCAGAAAAAGUACUCGCAUGUAUUACGAGAAAUAUGAUAACGAGCUGUAUCUGUCUGUAUGCAUUCGCGUAUCUCGAGGAUAAACUCGCAUGCCGGCAGUACGUAUUAUUUUAUCAGUUUUCCUUUAAACUGCUAGCAAACGAGAGAAGUUUCGUUUGCGAUUAUAUUUUAUGAAGGCGAUGGAGGUACAGUACUCAUUUGAACCGCCGCGGUACCUACGUUUUUUUCUUACAUAUACAACAUGAUUUUUUUAUACACAUAUCUAUUGUAUGAAUUUACAAAAUGCAAUUUGUGAAAAUAAAUCUCUAUAAAACCUC